GGUUUGUUAAGGUUUGUCCCAGGACAGGCUGACGCUGGAGGGGGAGCGAGGGCGUGUUUGUGAGGGACUGAACACUGGCUCUGGGGUCCCGCGGGGAUUUACUGCAGUCUGAGGAGAAUAGAGGAACUUUUGGAGGACGGGUGACCCAGAUUUCACACACUCACACAGGUAUGCAGUUUCAGGAGUGGUUAAGAUCCCUGCGCUUCCAUGGAGGAGAUGGGAAGUCUGAACUGGACAAUCUGAAGACUCUCAUUCCGUCUCUGCCCUCGUCCUUCUCUCUAUCCUCUCUCUCUCUCUCUCCGUCCUCCAUCAUCGGCUUAGGAGCUCUGGCUUCUCUCACUACCUACUGGCUGGUCACUAGACCGAGACCAAUACAGCCUCCCUGUGACCUACAGGCCCAGUCAAUACCUGUGCAGGGAGACCAAAGCUGCAGACGCUCAGCUUUACUGAAGGACGACACUCUGCUGGACUUUUACUAUGAGGACACAAAGACAGCGUACGACAUGUUCCAGAGAGGACUGCGGAUAGCAGGUGAUGGCCCGUGUCUGGGCUUCAGGAAACCUAGAGAGCCCUAUCAGUGGAUCUCUUACACAGAGGUGGCAGAGCGGGCACAGGUGCUGGGAUCAGGAUUACUGGCGAAGGGCUGCAAACCAAACCCACAGCAGUAUGUGGGCAUCUAUGCACAAAACAGACCUGAGUGGGUCAUUGCAGAGCUGGCCUGCUACACCUUCUCCAUGGCUCUGGUGCCACUGUAUGACACACUGGGGAUUGAGGCCAUGGUUCACAUCCUUAACCUGGCUGAGAUCUCGAUGGUGAUCUGUGAUAAGGAGGAUAAAGCGGAGUCUCUGCUGAGGAAUAAGGAGAAGGGCGUGACGCCCAGCCUGUCCUGCCUGGUGCUCUUUAACCCCUUCAGCGCCGCCCUGCUGGACAGAGGGAGGAAGUGCGGUAUGGAGAUCCUGCAGCUCUCACAGAUCAUGGAUCUGGGAAGAGAAAAUUUAAAGCCACCUGUGCCUCCUAAACCUCAAGAUCUGGCUGUUGUGUGUUUCACCAGUGGGACAACAGGAAAGCCUAAAGGAGCCAUGAUAACUCACGGCAACAUCGCCUCCAACACCUCCUCGGUCAUCAAGAUCCUGGAGGGCUACUUUGUGAUCCGUCAAGAGGACGUGUCCAUCUCUUACCUGCCGCUCGCUCACAUGUUUGAGCGCAUGAUCCAGGUGUCGAUGUUUUGUCACGGGGCGAGGGUCGGCUUUUACCAGGGUGAUAUUUCUCUGCUGAUGGAUGACAUAAAGACCCUGAAGCCCACUUUUUUCCCUGGGGUCCCUCGAUUACUCAACCGCAUCUACGACAAGAUUCUGGGCUCGGUUACGUCUCCGCUGAAAAGAGUCCUCCUUCAUUAUGCCGUCAGGAGGAAACAGGCAGAACUGAGCAGUGGAGUCGUGAGGAACAACAGCCUGUGGGACAGACUCAUCUUCAAUAAGAUACAGGCUAGUCUGGGUGGAAAUCUGCGCUUCAUCCUUACCGCAUCUGCUCCAAUCUCUCCUGCUGUGCUGUCCUUCCUCAGAGCCACCCUGGGCUGUCUGAUUUUUGAGGGUUAUGGGCAGACAGAGUGCACAGCCGGAUGUACCUUCUCUAUGCCUGGUGACUGGAGUGCAGGUCAUGUUGGUGCUCCAUUACCCUGCGCUAUGGUGAAGCUAACUGAUAUUCCUGACAUGAACUACUAUGCCAAGAACGGAGAAGGAGAGAUCUGCAUCAGGGGUCCCAGUGUGUUUCGGGGUUAUCUGAAGGAUGAGGAGAGGACAGCAGAGGCUCUGGACACUGAAGGGUGGCUUCACACUGGAGACGUGGGACAAUGGCUGCCUAAUGGGACUUUGCGCAUUGUGGACAGAAAGAAGCACAUCUUCAAGCUGUCCCAGGGAGAGUACAUCGCCCCAGAGAAGCUGGAGAACGUCUACACGCGCUGCGUUCCUGUCCUGCAGGUCUUUGUGCAUGGAGACAGCCUACAGUCUUUUCUGAUAGGAAUUGUAGUUCCAGAUCCAGAAGUGUUCGUCAACUGGGCCAAAGAACGAGGAAUAGUCGGAUCAUAUGAAGAGCUUUGUCAGAAUCCUGAUGUGAAGAAAGCGGUUCUGGAGGACAUGACGGCGGUGGGCAAAGAAGCAGGACUCAAAUCAUUCGAGCAG